CGCUAUAAAACACCUCGCAAUUUAGUUUCGCUCCUCAAAUUUCCGAUUUUAUCAUCCAAAUCGUUUGUCUCUUAAUUUUGGUUGGAUAUCGAAGAUGUCAGGAAGAGGAAAGGGAGGCAAGGGUCUUGGCAAGGGAGGAGCUAAGCGCCACCGUAAGGUCCUCCGCGACAACAUCCAGGGUAUCACAAAGCCGGCAAUUCGACGCCUUGCCCGUAGGGGAGGAGUGAAGCGUAUCAGCGGCUUAAUCUACGAGGAAACCCGCGGAGUUCUCAAGAUCUUCUUGGAGAACGUCAUUCGCGAUGCGGUCACAUACACCGAACACGCCAGGAGAAAGACGGUGACUGCCAUGGAUGUGGUUUAUGCACUGAAGAGGCAGGGUAGGACUUUGUAUGGAUUUGGUGAACUCGCAAUUUCGUACCGGUCCUCAAGUUUUCCAAUUUCGUUAUCCAAAUCAUUCAAGUUUCUUAAUUUUCAUUCGAUAUCGAAGAUGUCGGGAAGGGGAAAGGGAGGUAAGGGACUUGGCAAGGGAGGAGCGAAGCGCCACCGUAAGGUCCUCCGUGACAACAUCCAGGGCAUCACGAAGCCGGCAAUUCGACGUUUGGCUCGUAGGGGAGGAGUGAAACGUAUCAGUGGCUUAAUCUACGAGGAAACCCGUGGAGUCCUCAAGAUCUUCUUGGAGAACGUCAUUCGCGAUGCUGUCACCUACACCGAACACGCUAGGAGAAAGACGGUGACCGCCAUGGAUGUGGUUUAUGCACUGAAGAGGCAGGGCAGGACUUUGUAUGGAUUUGGCGGUUAGAUGAUUUAGGGUUUAGGUUUGUAAUUAGAGGAGCUUUGGUAAUGUUUAGUCGAAAUAACAGAUUGGGUCUUGUUGUUCGAUGUUGUAAUUUGUAACCCGUGCUAUCAAUUGCAUAUUUGAUUAAAAUUUGAAUAUCAUUUUGCCAAUCUUAAAA